AUGGCAGGGCGUAUUGAUACUCACAUCCACGCCCUUCCUCCGGCCUACAUUGCCGCUGUGAACGCCGCGGGAGGGGACCCCUCUGGGUUCCCAUCUCCUGAAUGGUCAUUGGAGGCCACUCUGAAUCUGAUGGACAAUACCGGCACCGCGAUAGGGAUCUUGUCCGUCUCUGCGCCCGGUGCGUCGAUUGCAGGAACCGGUGAGGACGGACGGAAGCUUGCGCGCUCCUUGAACAACGACCUCGCAGACCAAAUUACAAAGUCACCAGCAGGACAACGGCUUGGAUUCUUCGGAGUCCUGCCUGACUGGCAAGACGUCGACGGCACCAUCUCCGAAAUCGACUUUCUAUACCAGCAACAAAAACUCUGUUACGGCGUCACAGUCUUCACCUCGUACGGAAACAAGCUGCUCGGCGACCCAGCCUUCAAGCCCAUCUGGGAAAAGUUACAAGCCAACAAGGCUCUCGUCUUCCUCCAUCCGACAGGCCUCGAGGUGACGCCCAAACUCAUAGCCUCAGUCCUCCCGCAGCCCAUCGUCGACUACCCUCUGGCCACCACGCGGGCCGCGGUGGACCUCGUCCUGAGCGGGACGCUCCACGCCUUUCCCGACGUGGACGUGAUCCUCUCGCACGCCGGAGGAACCCUUCCAUUCCUGGCGAGCCGUGUGCUAACGUCUCUCACCAUCCCGGCCAUCGCUAACGCCGUUGCCGUGGAUUACGAGACUGCCCAAGCCGGCUUUGCUCGGUUUUACUACGACACGGCGUUGAGUGGUAGCCCAACGCAGCUCGGUGGCCUGCUCGAUUUUGCGGAUCCGUCUCACAUUCUCUUUGGCUCGGAUUUCCCGUACUGUCCGGAUUCGGCGAUUGAGCUUCAGGUUCAUUCCUAUGAGGCUUUUGUUGCCUCGCACCCGCGGGGGUCGAUGAUUGCGCCGGAUGUUCUGCGAGGCAAUUCUAUGGUUUUGUUGAAGAAACACAGCCAGGGGAACAGCCCAGACUGGGCGCAUGAAGUGAAGAAGACUGCCCAUGGUUCGAAGACGUGA